AUGACGCGCGAUCAGUUGGGUCCCUGGCAGCUUCAUGGUAAAGAAUCACUGGCGGCAAUGGGUAUGAACAACACACCUACUGCUGGUAGAGUUGAACCCGAACAACAGCUGGCCUGUUCAACGGCUGUGGAUACACCGCAAGCGUCAUACCCUAGCCAUCCAAUCACCCAGCUCCAGGGUCCCUUCGAAGAGUCGAUUUUGGAAGCAAACAAGAACCUCGCAGAGCUAUGGGCCGUCGAAAUCGAUGCGCAGACACGUCGGCGUGAUCUGCUAGAAAACGAUGAAUAUGAACGACUAUGUGGACGAAAAUGGCGCCAGAGAGCCGAAGAAAGAUACCAUCCAUUCUGGAAGCUGGUUUCCCAGAUGGUAUAUGGUGUCCACCUUCUGGUCAAGCGGCUCGCGAAAUCCGAUCUCGACGUGAUGAAGAUUCUUCAAGGCCAUGUCGACGAGCUGGAUGGCUUCCUGCAAAGAACCACGGAGGAUUUCAUGAUUAUUCAUCUGGAUGUACGCACUAGGAUACAAUACCUGAGUCUCCCUCUCGCCAAUCUCGACGUGUUUGAUGAAAUGUUGCAAGACCGGAAUUUUCGAUUAUCCCUCGUGUCCUACAAUGAUCAGAUCGAACACGCCGUCGAUCGAUUUACACUAACCAUUACGGAUUCGCUCAAAGAUCUUCACAAGGGCAAGGAGGCCAUGGCAGCCUUAUGGUACUACAUGCGCCAGCAGGCAAAUGAAGGCUGUUUUGAAACGGGUCAUCUCAGCCCUUUCUAUCAAACCAUGAGAGACAAUAUUGAGGGUUGGUUCAACGCGAUAGCCAAACUUCGUCGGCGCGGGGAAGCACUGUCCAAGGCACUUGGUAAAUUGGCCUUUGCAGUCACUGAGAUGCAGCGGCGCGUUGGGGUGGCUAGCCGGAAGGAUGUGCAAUCCAUGAUCAAGACGACCAGCAAAGGCCCGACUCGAACCUUGUCGAUUUCACAAAGGCUUCUUGUGAGGAGGUCAGGCACUCCAGGUGCGCGUACAGGAUAUGAAAAGCCCUUACCAGGUGAUCCUUUUUUGCAACCCCAGACCCCUCGACCAGCUUCUCGACCGGCUUCUCAGACAGUCAAAAUGCCAACAGCAAAACGCGACAGGAACCUCAACGAUGCCAAGGCCACUAAAAGAGAAAGUGUCCUCCCAAAGGUCAUCAACCGAGCGAAAUCAUGCAGCGCCUUGGUAGCAGGACGUAAUUCUAUAGACUCGGAUGCCACGAUGCCUCGAACACCAGGAAGACUUACGAAACGACUCUCCAAGCCCUUCCUCACUAGACGAUCGGCCAGUGAGAAGACGGAGAUCCCUCAAAAUCGUCCAUUCACAGCUCCAGCUCGGACACUCAAAUCCCGCAGUGCAUCUAUCGGACAAUUAAAGGUCAUAUGGGCAAAUGACCGUCUGCAGACCCAGCAAUCAAUGGCAAGAUCACCCCAUCGUUCGCGACGACAAGCUCCCCACUUUCCAAAUGGCAGUGAAACAAUGAAGGACCAAAUAUCCCACUUCUUGAAGACGGACCGCGUGGUUGAAGCAUGGGAAAACAUUACCACCAAGGCAGACUGCUAUGGCCAAACACUCAUCAAGACCAAGGAGUGGCCCAGCAGUAUAUUCCGGGCCAAAUCGUCUGAGGGUUUACGAGCCCAGCCCAGCAAAUCGGGUCAUUCUGCCGCUGGAUUAGGCAGACAGUUGUCCUGGGUGCAGGAACCGGACUUUUUGAAUACAUACUCAUUCAAACAAAAGCCCAAGCCUUCGCCUCGAAUUCACGUGCUUUCUGUACAGCUGGUCCUGGAUGAAGAAUUGAUCUUUGCUCAGGAGAGCGAGGAGGCUUCCGAUAUGAGCGCCGAGACCGGUUCGAUGAUUACAGCGCUACCGGCUUUGCCACCGACACCAGCAUCAAUUUCAUCGGUGGCUAUUGAAUAUAGACCUCGAACAGUUGAUUGCGCAUAA